GGGUCGGAUAGUCCCUUAUGUACCAAAAUGAACACCUGACUCCCCAAGACAUAAACCCUAGGGGCAAAACAAGAUAUGACCGAGAGAGAUCGACAGAAACCAGUCCAACGAACGACCAACUCACUCUAUCGUCGCAUGUUUGGGUCUCCAAUCUCUGAUUUAAUUUGAAAUGGGUUGGAAAGCAGCUCAGAAACUCAUACACCACUGGAAGAUUCUUAGAGGAGAUAAUGUGAUGGUAACCAGGGGUAAAGACAGAGGUGAGACUGGGAUUGUUAAGCGUGUUAUUCGCUCUCAAAAUCGUGUGAUUGUUGAGGGGAAAAAUCUGGUAAAGAAACAUAUCAAGCAAGGGCAAGGGCAUGAAGGUGGGAUUUUUACAGUCGAAGCCCCCCUUCAUGUCUCAAACGUUCAGGUUCUUGACCCAGUUACAGGGAGACCUUGUAAGGUUGGAAUCAGAUAUCUAGAAGAUGGUACCAAAGUACGAGUUUCCCGAGGAAUAGGAACAUCAGGGUCUAUAAUUCCUCGCCCUGAGAUCCUAAAGAUAAGGACCACACCUAGACCUACAGUUGUUGGCCCCAAGGAUACUCAGAUGGAUCUGGUGUUGGAAAAGACAUAUGACGCCAAAACUGGGAAGGGCAUGCCAGAUCUUUAAAUCUUCUCUUCAAUUUUACUGGAGAUAUUUAACAUGGUGGAAAAAUGUUGCAGAUGAGUGCCCGUCAGAUGUUAUUUUUUUUUGUACUUGUUAUGAGAAUUUCUCAUGUAGUUUUCCUGGAAAAUUUGGAAAUAAUAGAUUUUUGGGUUAUGGAAGAAAUUCUUAAACACAUUUCUGUUAUUUGGGUUGCA